CCCGUUUGUAAAACGGAAGCUCUCUUUGCGCGGCAACUCCGAACUUCCGCUCUCCCAUUUCCGGUGUGGAGUGAGUUUGGUCCGUGACGCGGUCGAGGGUGGUCGCGCUCUUCGCCUAGUGUGACCCUCUCGCCAGAGUCCGUUUGACUGACGAGUUGUUUUUAGUGACUAUGCCUAAUAUCAAAAAGUCGGCAGGCAAAAGAGGCCCAAGAAAACGGAAACUUGCAGAAGAAUUUCCUCCUGGAGAAGUUUUUACUGACCUUUUAAAGAAAAAAUGGAAGCUUGGUCCAGUUAUAGGCAAAGGUGGUUUUGGCUGUCUGUACCUUGCUGAUGUUAAUUCAUCUGAAUCAGUUACCAGUGAUGCACCCUAUGUUAUAAAAGUGGAGCCCAGUGACAAUGGACCACUCUUUACUGAGUUAAGUUUCUACAUGCGAGCUGCUAAACCAGAACUAAUUAAAAAAUGGAUUUCUUCUCACAAACUGAAAUAUUUAGGUGUACCAAAAUAUUGGGGUUCUGGUUUGCAUCAAAAGAAUGGCAAAAGUUAUAGAUUUAUGGUGAUGGACAGAUUAGGGAAAGAUCUUCAGAAGAUAUUUGAAGAACAAGGAAAGCAGUUUUCACGCAAAACAGUGUUACAAUUGGGAUUGAGAAUACUUAAUGUUUUGGAAUAUAUUCAUGAACAUGAAUAUGUACAUGGAGACAUCAAGGCCUCAAAUCUUCUCCUGGGCCAUGAGAUUCCAAAUCAGGUGUACUUGGUAGAUUAUGGCCUUGCUUUUCGAUACUCUCCAGAAGGCAAUCACAAGGAUUACAAAGAAAACCCCAAACGAUGUCAUGAUGGAACUCUUGAAUUUACUAGUAUUGAUGCACACAAGGGAGCUGCUCCAUCAAGACGUGGUGACUUGGAAAUUUUGGGUUAUUGUAUGAUCUGCUGGCUUAGCGGUAGUCUGCCUUGGGAAGAUAACCUAAACAAUCCAGAUUAUGUCAAAGAGUCAAAAAUUAGGUAUACCGAUAACAUUUCAGAAUUCAUGUUGAAAUGUUUCAAUAAAGAAAAUAAGCCAGAUGAAAUAGCCAGGUAUAUGGAAAAAGUAAUGGCUCUGUCCUACACUGAAAAACCACCAUAUCAGGCAUUACGAGAAAUAUUUCUUCAAGGUCUGCAAGAUAUUGGUCAUAAAGAUGAUGGCAUACUGGAUUUUGAAGUUUCGUUGAAUGGCGAUGUUCCAGCAAAGCCUAAGACAAAAAGAAAAUUAGUUGCUGCAUCAGGGACAGCUACUGCUGAUGAGGACAAUGCCGAAGUAGCUGUUGACGGUGUGAAAAAUACCAAAAAAAGAAAGCCUGCAUCACCGAGAAGUGCUGACUCCCCACAACCAAUUCAUCACAGCAGGUUGCAGCCAGAGGCUACCAGCAGUAGCAGUAGCAGCAGCAGCAGCAGCAGCAGCAGUCACUUGCAACAAGAUUGGAGCCACCAAACCCAAAUUACAGAAGAUCUCACCCAAACCCAAGACAAACUUGAAACCAAGGAAGAGAGUUCAGAAGUUAAAAAGCCCAGAAUGAGUUUCCUACUUGCACUGAAUAGCGGGUCCUUGUUUUUUUUUAUUCUUCAUUUAAUUUUACUUUAUUACAGUUGCACUUGGCUUUUUCCUCUUUUGUAUCUUUGUUUAAACAUACAUCUAAACUUGCCAUAUAGUGCUAGCUUGAAAAGGUUUUUAAAUCUUAUAUGUAGAAUGUAUGGUUUAGUAUAAUUUUACAAAAAGUUUCAGAGUGUUUUGGCAUUUCUUUGCACAUUCCUGCAUUCAGCUAUUUUGUAUAAACUUGAAUAAAAAGGAAAUAAUGUCUGUGUAAAAUAAAUUUU